CAACAACCUUCCAAUAGAUAGAGAGAGAUGGCUUCGGCCACAACCCUAAAAUUGAUUCCUCUAGCAGCAAUCGCAAUCCUGAUCAGCCUAAUCCUGAUACAGUCAAGUACUCCAGCCAUUUCCUCCAUUGACAUCCAAACAGCAUAUGAGGUUCUUGAGGACUACAACUUCCCAGUUGGCCUUCUUCCCAAAGGGAUCACACGCUAUGACCUCAACAUCACCACAGCCUUUAUCAAGAAGCUAUAAGAGAACCAGCUGCCCAACUUCAGGCUUCAACAACCUUCCAAUAGACACAGAAGAGAUGCGUUCAGCGGCUUCAGCCACAACCCGCAGACUGACUCCUCUAGCAGCAAUCCUGAUCAGCCUAAUCCUCAUACACACAACUCCAGCCAUUUCCUCCAUUGACAGCCGAACAGCAUAUGAGGUUCUUGAGGACUACAACUUCCCAGUUGGCCUUCUUCCCCAGGGGAUCACAGGCUAUGACCUCAAUAUCUCCACAGGUCAAUUCUCAGUCUAUUUCAAUGAUACGUGCAGCUUCUCUCUUGAAAGCUCCUACCAUUUGAAGUACAAGCCCACUAUCAAAGGAUACAUAUCAAAUGGCAAUCUAUCUAGCUUGGAGGGCGUUUAUGCGAGGUUGUUCUUUGUGUGGAAGAAGAUAGUAGAGAUCGUCCGGAGCGGAGAUGAUCUUGUUUUUUCUGUGGGAGUUUUGUCCUCCGUAUUUCCCAUAGACUAUUUUGAGAAGAGCCCUCAAUGUGGGUGUGGCUUCCAAUGUGGUGGUGGGCAAGUAAGGAAGCUUAGAACAAACCCUUUCGUUUCUCCUUAUGAAUGGAGUUGAAGACAGAUUUUGGAGUGUUUAGAAGCUUAGCGCUGCUCUAUGCCAUGUACUGGAUGGCAGUACAAGUUUCUCAUCCAUCAAAACAGUGAAGACUAUGUAUGGGUUUAACAUUAAUAUAUGGAAGAAAAGUGGGGAGCAAGAUGUAAACAAAAUGAUUUCUUUAAUUCACAUAUAUAAGUUACUUAUAAGUUUGGUGAUU